UCGUGAGGAGCUUUAAAUUAGCUGCUACUUCAGAAAUCACUGGCGGUGGGGCCAAAGAAAAGAAAAGAAAUUGGCCCCCCCUCUCUCUCUCUCUCUCACUACUCGAUCUACUAUAAAAAUCUCUUACUGCAACCAGUUUCCUCCCCUCUUCUUCGGUUUCUUGCUUCUUCGCUCAACUAAUCUCAGGACGAAACAGAAAUAGAUACCCAAUGGCGAUUCCCAUCUUCUUCGUGCUCCUUCCUCUACUCCUUUUCAUGCUUCCAGAGCGCGCAAUGCCGGCGACAUUGUCCAUGACCAACAACUGCCCCUUUCCAAUUUGGCCGGGCCUACUCUCCGGCGCCGGCACGGCCCCUCUCCCUACCACCGGCUUCCUUCUUAACCCCGGCGAGUCUCGUCCAAUCGAAGUCCCGUCAUCCUGGUCAGGCCGUUUAUGGGGCCGCACUCUCUGCUCCACCGAUCCCUCCACCGGCCGUUUCUCCUGCGCCAGCGCCGACUGCGGCUCUGGCACCGUUGAUUGCUCCGGCAGCGGAGCCUCUCCUCCGGCCACUCUCGCGGAGUUCACACUCAACGGAAGCGGCGGCAUGGAUUUUUUCGAUGUCAGCCUCGUCGACGGCUAUAACCUCCCCCUGCUCAUCGUGCCGGAGGGCGGUGAGCCCGGCGGCCGCUGUGGACCCACCGGUUGCCUUGUCGAUGUUAAUGGACUUUGCCCGUCGGAGCUCCGGGUGGUUGCCGACGGCGAGGCGGUGGCUUGCCGGAGCGCUUGCGAUGCUUUCGGCACGCCGGAGUAUUGCUGUAGCGGGGAGUACGGUGGGCCCGGCACUUGUAAGCCGUCGAUUUACUCUCAACUUUUUAAAAACGCUUGCCCUCGAGCGUAUAGCUACGCGUAUGAUGAUGCCACGUCGACGUUCACUUGUUCCGCCGGAACUAGUUAUCUGAUUACCUUCUGCCCCAGCACCACCAGUUUGAAGUCCUCGGGUUCGGGUCCGGGUUCGGGUUCGGGUUCGGGUAACAACCCGCAAGCGGUGGGGCUGCCGUUGAUUAAUGACACGAUGGUGUUUCUCCAGGGGAGCUACUCGGCCGGCGAAAUGGUGGUGCCGAUGAUGCCGGUGGUGGUGCUCGGGUUGUUGUGGGCAGUUUGGUGGCUUCUCUGAUUUUUUUAGGUUCAAUUUUUUUUUUCCUAAUUUUUGUUUUCUUUAGGUAUGUAAAUAUAUUGACUUGAAUAAUAUGGGCAUAAAUAUCCCAAUUUUUUCUAUUAAA